ACAGUCUAGUAUCAUACUACUUAACGCAUAGCGCGAACGAAGCGACAGAGAAACGUGGGGAUGAAAGGUGUUAAAUCUGACCAUUUGUUUUACAGUUUUGUGCUUUUCUGAAUCGAUUAUCAGGAAAAUUUGGAUAUCGUUUUUGUCCUGAAAGCACUACAUAAUGCCCAAAUUAACAGCAGACUUGAUUGAACAGAGUUCACAGUACACAAAUGCACUGCGAGAAAGAGAGCUGGAUUUACGUGGUUACAAGAUUCCGGUGAUCGAAAAUUUAGGAGCAACACUGGACCAGUUUGAUACCAUUGACUUGUCGGAUAAUGAUCUCAGGAAACUGGAAGGUUUUCCCUUACUGCGUCGCCUGAAGUGUCUGCUGCUGAACAAUAAUAGAAUAUGUCGGAUUACAGAAGGCUUAGAACAGAACUUGCCUCGCCUGGAUUCCAUCAUCCUGACUAACAACCUGAUGCAAGAACUGGGUGACUUAGAUCCCCUAGCAAGCAUCAAGACACUUACAUCAUUGAGUCUGUUGAGAAAUCCGGUGACAAAUCGGAAGCAUUAUCGGCUAUACACCAUCCACAAGAUUCCACAGAUUCGGGUGCUGGACUUCAGAAAAGUUCGACAGAAAGAACGAGAAACAGCUGCACAUCUAUUCAAGGGGAAGAAGGGACAGCAGCUGUCUAAAGAUCUCGGCAGAAGAUCAAAGACGUUUGUGCCAGGGGCACCUGUGGCCGGGGAAGGAGACGCCAAUUCUGGGCCAUCACCUCAAGACUAUGCUGCGAUCAAGGCUGCCAUUGUUAAUGCCAAAUCGCUGGAGGAAGUGGAGAGAUUGAACCAAUUGCUGAAAACAGGCCAGGUACCAGGCAAAGACGUCCUCAGUAAAAACAAAACAGAAGAGAUGGAAGAGGAAGAAAUGGAAGAGGAGCAAGACAUGGAGCAGGGUCCACCUCAGGGGGUUGUGAAUGGGGCCAUGGCGAUGGCGUGAUCUGUGAUAGCUUGGGUGGUCGGUAUCUGACAGGGCUCUCUGAAGAGUUUCCUGGAGAGGGCCUGCAGUUGUAAUAAUAGUGCAAACCAGUCACAAGUUGUCAGGAGUUACCUGGUAUCUCAGAUUGUCACAAGCCAACACAAGCACAUUGCAAGCCAACUGCGAGCUGUUAAGUCACAUGUCGGGACACAGGUAUUCAGGCGACUGUGACCAAGGCAUUCCACUGUCAUUGGGCAUCUCUAAUUACUUCACACACCCUUACAUUUGUAUCCUUGUGGGGAAUUUCCUUUGCAUGUGUUUACGGUGCCUUGUGGGGUGCCAGAACAAUGGGAAGUACCCCAUAAGGAACAUUCGUUGUCCUUGUGGGGUACUAAAACGGUACUCCCAAAAUGGUACUAAAGCAGUACUCCACAAGAAUUUCAGGAAAAUGAAUUUGAAAUUUACUCAAAAGUAAAAAAUUUUUCAAAGUGUACUUGUAUGUCACAAAUUAUGAUCGAAAUUUCAGCCAAGAAAAAUGAUUCAGGACCAAAUGGAAGCAAUUGGAAAAGUGUACUUCACACGCUGAUUUUUUACUACACGAGAACAUUACACUUUGGAGUCCUGCUGGGAGCCAGUGAGCCUUUACCUACAAGGUGUUUGAGGUGGUUAACUGAAUGGCUGAUGUAAUUCCAGAGAUGUACUCUAGUCCGUGGCAUGCCAAUUGUAAUUCAGUAACGGAGCUUCUGCCUUUGUCAUGUGUAUAGCAAUCCACUUUGAAUGGUUUGUGACUUGAAUUAAGACUACUCAACUUGUGAUUGACUGAAGAUUAGUUAAGAAAGUGUUUGAUGGUGUGAGAGCUUAAAUAAAAUAUCGACGUGUCACCCAAGAACAGCAUCAUCGUACCAUUUGUACAUAUUAGAUGUCACAUGUCAUGUGUAGAGUGGCUUUUUAAGCUACGUGUUAAGUAGUUAUUAAAGUGAAAAGAACAUAACCUGGGAGUUUUUUUAUUGUACAAGUUUUGUUUCCUUUUUUUUUUUCAUUUACAUAUAUAUAGAGAUAUGGGCAGUUGGAAGAAUGGUUUGUCACGUUUCUUUUUUUCUAUGACCAUUUAUGGCAUAAAAAAUUCAAAGAUUGGAAAAGAAAUGAAAACAUUGUGUGGUAAAAUUUGAACACCUCAUGUCACAGCUUUCAAGGAGUGAAUGUAUCAUUUAUUCAGAAAUGGUUUUGGAUGAAUGAGAAAAGAGACGUGGGUGGUGUUUUGAGAAGAGGGGGCCAAAAUGUGGCUUGAUGUUGUCCAUAAAGGAGCUACUUACUUUGUACCCUGCUAGUGAAUGGAAGAUUAUAAACUGAGUCGUGAGUACCAUGUAUUGGGUCCAAGGCUGCACGAAGGAGGGAUUUUUGUUUUGCAAAUGUGACUAAUUUUUGGCAUUUCACAAGGAAUCGUAGAGUGGACGGAUUUUUCUUCUCUACCCAAGUGGAAUUUUUUUCUGGUCUAGAAAUCACCUCGCCACUUUAUGUUGUAAUUGAGUAAGCUAGAAAUGUUGGAGGUUUUGUAGAACUUUCCAAAGCAAUCCUUCUUACUGUGUGGCCGACUCGGCCAAAUAUUUGACUUUAUAUGGAGGAUGGGUUAUGGGUACCAUUGGCGUGGUCUGGCACAUCAAACAUCAUGUAAGUGAGCUACCUGUACCAUUUACUUUUGUCACUUGUCCCAAGUAUGGAUGGACAGUAUCCCUAAUUUUCCAACCGCAGGGAAAAGGAAAAAGAAAUUGUACGAUCUUGAUUUGUCUUAUGAUCAUUACUGUUUGCUGCCCAGGUUAAAUGAUACUACACAUGACCUGGGCAGUCAGAAGGUCGAGAAAGCGAUUAAUAGGGUAUUUUUUUAAAUUGAUUCCUUCAAGUGUUUAAACCCUUCAAAACUCUUCAAGACUUGCAUCAACACUUGUUCACAGAGAGGAUGCACACUUCACAAAACCAUGCAGGAUGAUUCCCAGUGGUACACACUUUGCCUUUCUUCAUUUUUUAAAAGUAAAUAAAACCUUUGAUAUUAA